AUGGCUCUUUCCAAGGCACUCAGUCUCUCUAUCUUGUUGGCUUACGCCGAGGCCCGUUUUGGCCAGGAGCAGAUCCCUGUUGCUGCAGUCCAGGCACUCGGCGAUGCUGGCUUCGGUGAUCCUGGUGUUGCUGCCACCAUUGCUGGUAGCAUUCCAGGAUCUCUCCUUGCCGCUGCUAGCCCUUGCCAGAAGCUUACCAUUGCCGACCAAAUCAUCAGCGAGCUGGGAACUGACCAGCAGGUCAUUGAUGCAGCGAUUGGCCUAGUUUCUGCCGAGACCAACUUCAACCCUUUCGCCGUCGACGUGCCUUUUGUGUGCGCCGACCCCAGCCUUCCUGCCACUGCUGAGCUCCGAGGAAUCGUCCCCCUUGUUGACCCGGCUGUUGGUGGCUCAGAUGUUGAGAAUGCCAACUCUGCAACCUCGAUCCAGACGCCUUUUGACGCCACGGGUCUGUCCCAGGCUGAAGUCAUGAUUGCUCAGGGCUUUGGCAACUUUACUGCUGUUGGUGCCGACGGAGCACAAGUCGCGCUUGACGGACAGGACGGUGCUGGAGCUGGUGCCGGAGCUGGUGCCGGAGCUGGUGGUGCUGAUGACGGUGCUGCCGACGAUGGCGCUGCCAAUGAUGGUGCUGCUGGUGGCGACGAUGCUGCCGCUGGAGAUGAUGCCGCUGCCGGUGACGACGCUGCUGCCGGUGAUGAUGCCGCUGCAGGCGACGGUGCUGCUGAAGGUGGUGCCGGUGCUGAUGCUGGUGCUGAUGCUGGAGGUGCUGCUGGAGAUAAUGACGACUGCGACGACACUCCGGCUGGUGUUCUCCCCCCUAAUAACAAUAGCACUGCCGGAGUCGGAGCUGGAGCUGGAGCCGGAGCCGGAAAUGCCGCCCCCAGCAACGGCACCCUUCCAGACGGAGCUGGAAACAACGGUCAAGACGAUGCCGAUGAUCAGGAUGAUGCUGAUCAGGAUGACGGCGCCGACGAUGCCAACGAUGCCGAAGAUGAUAAUACCGAGGACGACAACAAUGGCAAUGAUGGUCACCGAGGAUCUGGUCGUGGAAGAAGGCUACGACUGACACUUGGUCGUCUUCGGGGAGCCAACCGAGGAGCCAACCGGGCCCAGCGAGGAGGAAAUGACAACCAACAAAACGACGACCAGGAUAACGGCAACGAUGACGCUGCCGCCGGCGAUGAUGCUGCCGCCGGCGAUGAUGCUGCCGCUGGAGAUGACGCUGCCGCCGGUGACGAUGCUGCUGCUGGAGACGACGCUGCCGCUGGUGAUGAUGCCGCUGCUGGAGACGAUGCUGCCGCCGGUGACGACGCUGCUGCUGGAGACGACGCUGCCGCUGGUGAUGAUGCUGCCGGUGAUGCUGCCAACGGAGGAAACAACCAAAAUGGAGGCGCCAACAAUGGAAACGCCAACAACGGAACUGAGGCGGACGGAGCUGCGUGCAACAACCAGGGCAACAACCAGGGCAACAACCAGGGCAACAACCAAGGCAACAACCAAGGCAACAACCAAGGCAACAACCAAGGCAACAACCAAGGCAACAACCAAGGCAACAACCAAGGCAACAACCAAGGCAACAACCAAGGCAACAACAACAACCAGGGCAACAACGGCCAGGGCAACGGAGCUGAUAAUGCUGCUGGUGACGACGCCGCUGGUGAUGACAAUGCCAACAACGGAGGCAACAACCAGGGCAAUGACCAGGGCAACGCUGGAGAUGAUGCUGCCAAUGGUGAUGAUCAGGGCAACCAAGAUGGCGCUGCCGGCGACAACCAGAACGGCCAGGAUGGCCAGAACGGAAACCAGGGCAAUGGUCAAGGAAAUGCCGGCAAUGCUGGUGAUGACCAGAACCAGGACGACAACGCUGGAGGCGCCGAUCAGGGCCAGGACGGCGCUGCCGAUGGUGCUGAUGGUGCUGCCGAUGGUGCUGAUGGCGCUGCUGAUGGUGCUGAUGGUGCUGAUGGUGCUGCUGAUGGUGCCGCUGGAGGAGCCAACGGUGAUCUCGACUUUGGUGUCUGCCAGCCCACAAUGGCACGAGUUGGCGGUCUCAACGGCCGACCAGCCGACGAGUUCACCUUCAUCCCCCAGGAUCCUUUGGUGGCCGAGGGCCAGCAGGAGGCGCUGAACCCCAACAUCAUCACCAACCGCAUCUGCGAUCAGCUCACCAACGUCUGCAACGCCAACGACGCUGCAAAGGCGGCUUGCGAGUCGGCCAAGGCCGAGAUUGAGGCUCUGGGCACUCGUGAUCAGAGCACAGCCGACACAUGGAACGCCCUUCUGGGCUUUGCCGGUGUUGACUCUACCCAGCAGCAGGUUUAA